AUGACGAAGCUCCUAUCGCGGUUGCGCGGGAGCAAAACACUUGAACACGAGCCGGAGGCUGGACCGAGAGACCGUGCCAUGAGUAAGGCCUCGAAUGGAGAUAUCCACACCGGGAUUUUCCCGUCUUUUGUGGAGCAAAUGCGCUCCAGUAAAGUCGAGAUCCAAUUUAGAGACAUUUCUAUGUGUGUUGGUCCCUCCAAAAGCAGAAUCCUGCACCAACAGAACGGGAAUAUACGAGCCGGAUCAUUCCUCGGAGUGAUGGGACCUUCGGGAUCUGGAAAGUCGACCUUGCUCAAUAUUCUCGCUGGAAGACUUAAACCAACAACAGGUUCCGUUUACAUCAAUGGAGAUCUAGCGAAACCAGCGGAUCUCAAGAGUCUUGUGGGGUUUGUGCCCCAGGACGACAUUGUACUCCCCGACCUGACCGUCCGAGAAAACAUUUUACAUUCAGCCCGCAUUCGCAUCGGGAAUACAUUGAACGACCAGGAGAUUCAGCAAUUUGUCGACUCUCUCAUUUCAAAUGUAGGACUUGCCAAAGUCCGGCAUUCUCUCGUUGGCGAUGUCUCAAAAAGAGGUAUAUCUGGAGGGGAGCGAAAGCGAGUGAAUGUUGCAUUGGAAUUGGCCGCAGCACCGGGUGUAUUGUUUCUAGAUGAGCCAACCUCCGGCCUUGACGCGACCACUGCUCUCUCCUUGAUUGAGCUUCUAAGGUCUUUGUCCCAACAAGGCGUUACUAUCAUCUGUGUUGUUCAUCAACCGAGAAAAGAAAUAUUCACUGCCCUGGAUGAUUUGCUUCUUCUUGAAGCUGGGAAACAGGUCUUUUUCGGUCGAGCGCAAGAUGCGUUUCACCAGUUGAAAGGAGCUGAGGAGAGUUGUGAGGAUUCCAACCCCGCCGACGUGAUUUUAGAUAUAAUAUCGGGAUCGAAAGGGUUCUCUUUGGUGCAGCCCAGGCUCGAAAAUGCAUCUGAUGAACAGAUCUGCAAAUCAAUUACCUUCGUCGAGGAGCAUGGAACUGGUGCUGAUCGAAAUUUGGACAUCCUGUUACUUGCCACUAAGAAACAGAAAGCGCUCUGGCAUCGCCAAGUAUACCUAACAUUCCUACGAGGCACACGACAGCAGAGCAGACGGUAUACCAGUUUUAUUCUGGAAAUCCUAUCAGGAACCACCAUCGGCCUCCUGAUCGGAUUGUCCAACUACGAAUUUAACGGUCAUAUAUUCCAAGGACUUUACCUGUCGCCAUUUGAAGCACUCUCCAGCGCUACCUCUUAUAGACUUGUCUCGGAACAGGGCAUGCUUUGUUCUCUCGCAAUGAGUUGUACAGCGGCACCAGUUGGCGUCCGAACAUUUGGAGAUGAGAAGCCGAUCUUCUAUAGAGAAUCAGACUCCGGACACUCCAAAAGCGCUUACUUACUGGGAAAAAUAUUGUGUACCAUUCCCCGAAUGCUGCUAUCAUCAAUGCAUUUUACGGCAUUUUACAUGGUCCUCACAGCCCCGAUAAUAUCGUUCAAGGUCCUUCUCGGUCUCAAUUUCCUAUACUUCUACUGCAUAUACGGACUCGGGUGUGUUGUGGCGGCUCUCACUUCGCCUCAAAACGGACCUCUCAUGGCAAUGUUAACCAGCCUCAUUAUAACCGCUCUCGUCGGUUGUGCACCUCGCCUCAAAACAGUGGUGGACUGGAAUCUUGAGUGGUUUUGGUACAUGUGGCCCGGAGUCUGGUAUUCCGAGGCCGUGUUCGCUGGAAAUAUUAGCCCACUCUCACAUAUCUACAAUACGCAGGGCGCGGCAGAUCUAGCGGGCUACACGGUGGGUAGAACAGGCUUUGAUGCAGGGUAUGUUUCAUGA